AUGGCAGACCAUUCCACUCCCGAGGAGAACAUGCAAAAGGUCAUGUCCACAACAGAGAAUGUAAAAGCUUCCUCUGAGUCGCAAAUAUCCCAUGACUCUGAAAGUCAAGAUUCAGAAAUUCACCAUGAGCCCAUCCAAGAACGCUAUGAAAAUCCUACAAGCUCUCGAUUCCGUCGGGUGGCCUCCAAAACGAUUGUGUCCUUCGGGCCUAAUGAUCCAGAGAACCCCGUCAAUUGGAGAUCAAGGAGAAAAUUCCUAGUCCUCGCAUCUGGUGUCAUGCAGGUCAUGAACAGCACUAUCGGCUCGUCGAUUUGCAGCAACGCCAUCCCCCAAAUUGCCGAAGAGUUCGACAUCACCAAUGAAACGGCUCUCGUCUUACCCAUCUCCAUCUUCCUCAUCGGCUAUAUUCUAGGACCGUUGCUCUGGGGCCCUAGUUCCGAGUACUUUGGCCGGAAGCCACCUCUUCUUAUUGCCUAUUGCAUAUUCAUGGUGUUCACGCUGGCGUGCGCCGUCGCAGACUCCUAUGCUUCUUUGCUUGUAUUUCGAUUAUUCAACGGCAUGGUUGCCUCAGCGCCUAUCGCCACUGUUGGUGGAUUGUUCGCUGACGUACAUGAUGACCCAACGCUGCGAGGUCGCCUGAUGGCUUAUUUUAUGGCUUGUACAACGUUCGGGCCAAUCAUCGGACCUUGGGUAUCUGGCUUUGUUGCUGUCGUCGACUGGCGCUGGUGCUUUUGGAUUGGGCUCAUCCUUUCAGGAGCUAGCUUACCACUGGUCAUCUUCAUGCCUGAAACCUACGCGCCGGUCAUUCUCAAGCGUCGCGCACACAAGCUGCGCAAAGAUACCGGCAACACAAGCAUUGUAUCGCCAUUGGACAUUGAGAGUCGCAAUAUGCGAGAAAUGUUCUUCAUCACGAUCUCCCGGCCCUUCCGCAUGAUUAUGCACGAGUACAUCGUUUCCUUGAGCUCGUUGUAUCUUGCUCUCGCAUAUGCCAUCUUCUACCUCUAUUUUGAGGCAUAUCCAAUCAUCUUCCAAGGUAUCUACAAAAUGAGCCCUGGUGUUUCUGGCUUGAUGUUUCUACCCAUCGGCAUCGGCGCCAUUCUCGCCUGUUUCGUCUUCCUAUGGUACGAUGGCUAUCUAGCCCGAGCAAAAGCCCGUAACGCCCCCUGGGCCUUCAUCGAAGAAUACCGCCGUCUCCCACUCGCCUGCAUCGGCGGCCCUCUCUACGUCAUCUCCCUCUUCUGGGUCGGCUGGACCGCCUCACCAAACAUCCAUUGGGUCGUCCCCUUCCUCUCCGGCAUCCCCUUCGGAAUGGGCUACCUUCUCAUCUUCAUGGCAAUGCUAAACUACCUAACGGACGCAUACGAAACCCUCUCCGCCAGCGCCCAGUCCGCUGCAAGCUGCACGCGCAGUAUCUUCGGCGCCGUCCUCCCGCUCGCGGCCAAGCCGAUGUUCAACCGGCUCGGUGUUCCCUGGGCCUGCAGUCUGAUUGCAUUCCUCAGUCUGGGAGUUUCGGUUAUUCCGUUUGCAUUUAUUCGCUACGGUGAUCGGAUCAGAGCUAAUAGUAAGUUCUGCCAGGAGCUGAAGCGGAUUCGGGAGGUUGAGCGGUUGGAGUUGGAGAGGGAAGAGCGCAUGGCGAAUGGGGAUGAUACACUUGCGCCUAUUCCUUCUCGCAAUACUGGGAUUUCGAUGACGAGGAUUGAUACUGCUCGCACGGAUAAGGCGUCGAUUAUUUGCUGA